UUGUGUAGCAGUUUCAUUUACCAUUUUGGUCUGUAAAUUUUUAGUCUGUCUUUCUGUGUUUGUGUUCGUUUAAAUUGUUAAGUGUCUUAAAAAAUGGCUUGUACCGACAGAGCAAUAUUGGGACAAUUGAAGGACAUAAUAUGUGAUUUAGAGAGCAGCAAUGGACAAGCUCAGCCAAUGGUAUGUCCCCCACAAACUCAACCCUUUGCCGCUUGCUGCAUGGUUUAUCCACCACCAAUACUAGCGCCAACUUCUCCAGAACCAGUUAAACCGCUCCAACUACCUUGUCCUACUCCAAAUAACUAUGAGCCAGAAAUGAGCCCUGAAGAAGCCGAAGAAACUCGAUAUGCCAACUUUUACAAUAACUAUAACAUCGAUUAUCACACACAAUCAGAGGAUGCGCCCAAUGGCGGUAGCGCUUACAAAGAAAUGCGAGAUAAUGAGAGUAGAGGGGUAACGACAGACGGGAAGAAUCCAUUAUGCCCUGAAAAAAAGAAAGAGAAUAAUCACCGCGACAAGGGCUGUCCAACUGGCUUCAAACCAUGUACCAUGAAACUGUGCCCGCCACCUGGAUGUCACCCUUGUGGGGUCUGGUGUGCGGAAAUUCAACCGUGUCCUCCCAAACCUAAAAAAGUAAGUGGUCCUUAUGAACCUAAACCAUGUACUAGACCAUGUUGUAAACAUUGGAAGCCUAAGGAUGGUGAGUGCAAAUACGAUGGCAUCUGCAAAGCACACUGCUUUGAACCUCCUCCACAUAGAAAGAAAUCUGUAUGUUAAA